AUGGAUGGCAACACUUACGAGUUUGAUGUCCUAGAGGUCCCCCCCCUCACCCCAACCAGUAAGGAGGUCUUCACUCAGGCUGUGAAAGCCAGCUUUGCAGGCUUCACUCAGGAGAGAAUCAGCUGUCACUUUCCACAGGAUCCUAGGUUGUGGUCGAAGUGGGAGGUGAACCACUGGCUGGACUGGUGCCAGGCUGAGUUUGGGCUCUGCUGCCUGGGCUCAGACCUCAGAGGUCUGGAUGGCAGCGAGCUGUGUGGUCUUGACCAAGAGGCUUUCCUGGGCCUGCUGUCUGACUCCACUGCAGGAGAAAUCCUGUGGGAGCACCUGGAGACCAUGAGGAGAGAAAAUUACUCAGAGAUUGAGGGAUGCUCAGACAGAGAUAAUUACCACAUUCAGUACCAUCCCAGUGAGAGCUCAGACCUCCACGAUCUGGAACCAAUGAGUGUGCAGCAUGGAGGCCACUAUCCAGCCUAUUCACGUGACAGCAACAACAUUAGCUCUGCAGCCCCGCUGCAGGAAAUACGAGGGAAUGGAGGUGAGACAGAUCACAUGAUAAUGAGUCAUCAGUUGAAUAAAAAGCAUUACAGUCAGAAUUGCUCCACAAAGGGAAAAAGACCCAAUAUGGACAAAAACAUCCACUUUGCAGUUAGAGGACUUACAGCUGACGUGGAAUAUAAUAAUCGUUUCAUGGUCGAUGGGUCUUGGAGCCAGGGUUGGACAGGCUCAGAAGUGGAGAGUGUUCUUGGGGAUGAGUCUGCCGCUGUGGGCACUCAAUCAUGGGCUGCUCCGCACCAUGACGUCCAGCCAGUAAUGGAAGAGAGCAUGUCUGAAAAUGCCUUCAUGUUACCUCAGCAACAGAGGAACUUCAGGGAAUGUGCAGGCAGCAAAACUGAUCUGGAGACAGCUGUAAUACCAGUAGCAGUUCUUGCUGGCUACACUGGCAGUGGGCCCAUUCAGCUCUGGCAGUUUCUGCUGGAGCUUCUGACAGACCGCAGCUGUCAGUCGUGCAUAAGCUGGACAGGAAAUGGCUGGGAGUUCAAACUGACGGAUCCUGACGAGGUGGCACUGCUGUGGGGUCGCAGGAAGAACAAACCUAAGAUGAAUUAUGAGAAGCUGAGCCGUGGUUUGCGCUACUACUAUGACAAGAACAUUAUUCGCAAAACCGCUGGCAAGCGCUACGUCUAUCGCUUCGUAUGCAACCUGCAAGGCCUUCUUGGAUAUGAGCCUGGGGAGCUGCAUGCCACACUGGAUAUCAGCAGUAAGAGUCUAUAGUGAGGCAAGAAAAAGGAACAGUACUUGUUAAGCGUCUUAUAGUUUUCACUUUACAUGACACAGCUCAGCGCAUAUGCUUGUUUGACGACAUGGAAGUGGUGUACCACUUUAUCUCUGUCACUGUCAAAUAAUAGAAAUCAAUUCAUGUCAGUUCAUUUUAAAAGUUAUUUAUUCCUCUGUGAAUAGUUAAGGCACAUGGACUCGUUUAGCAAUCCUUUGUAUAUUUAACUUAUACUAUAAACAUCAAUUAAAAGAAAUAAAAUCAAU